AUUGCAAGAUAAAAGAUUCAUUAACAGAAAUAUCAUAAUUUUCUUGAAAAACUGUAAGCUAUCCUAACAUGGCAGACCCUUCUAACAGCAAGGAAAAAUACGUUAAUCAAGAAAAUGAAAAUGCAGUGUCCAAAGAGACGGACGAACCUGAGAUUUUCAGGUCGUCUGAUGUCUCCGCCGGUGUGUCUGAAAAAGUAGAGCAGGUGAUUUGUAGCAGUUCAGAAGCGCAGGAAUUUCAAUGGAAUGAUGAGAUGUUAGCGUGGCAAAGAAGUGCAUUCCAUUUUCAACCUCAACAAAAUUGGAUGAACGAUCCUAAUGGUCCAUUCUAUUACAAAGGUUGGUACCAUUUGUUCUACCAAUACAAUCCAAAUGCUGCUGUGUGGGGUGACAUUGCAUGGGGUCAUGCGGUAUCAAAGGACUUAAUAAAUUGGCUCCACCUCCCAUUAGCAUUGGUUCCUGAUCAAUGGUAUGACCAAAUUGGUGUCUGGUCUGGCUCUGCUACUAUUCUUCCAGAUGGUAAAAUUGUCAUGCUAUACACUGGAGGAACCAAAGAUUCAGCUCAGGUUCAGAAUCUUGCAUAUCCUGAAGACCCCUGUGACCCACUCCUUAUAAAAUGGGUCAAAUACUCUGGCAAUCCAGUUCUAGUCCCACCACCAGGCGUCCAUAGUACGGAUUUUCGUGACCCGACAACUGCUUGGCUCACUUCUGAAGGGAAAUGGAGGAUUACCAUAGGGGUUCAGGUUGACAAAAACGGCAGCGCUUUAGUGUACGACACUGAAGAUUUCAUUAACUAUGAGUUGCAAGAAGGGAUGCUUCAUGGUGUUGAUAAAUCUGGCAUGUGGGAGUGUGUGGACUUUUAUCCUGUGUCCAAAACGAGUGGUAAUGGAUUGGAUACAUCGGUUAAUGGUUCUGAAGUGAAGCAUGUAUUCAAAAUAAGUCAUGUUGAUACACAAUACGAUUACUAUGCAAUUGGAAGUUAUGACGAAAAGAAUGCUAGAUGGUAUCCUGAUAAUCUAGAUGUUCAUGCUGCUACUGGGCUUCGUCACGAUUGUGGUAAGUUCUAUGCAUCCAAGUCGUUUUACGAUGAGAAUAAGAAAAGAAGAGUGUUGUGGGGCUGGAUUCCUGAGUCUGAUAGUAAAGAUGCUGAUAUCAAGAAAGGAUGGGUAUCUCUUCAGAGCAUUCCUAGGACAAUUGUAUUGGACACAAAGACCGGAACCAAUCUGCUUCACUGGCCAGUGGAAGAGGUAGAGAGUUUGAGACUAAAAAGCCAUGAAUUCGACAACAUUGAGGUUAAGCCAGGGUCCGUUGUGCCCCUUGAUAUUGGAGAAGCAACACAGCUAGAUAUUAUUGCGGAGUUCGAAUUAGAUAAGACUGUGUUGGAGAAUUCAGCUGAGUCCAACGAAGAAUUCAGCUGCGAUACAAGUAAAGGAGCUGAUCACCGCAAUGCAUUAGGACCAUUCGGUCUUUUGGUUCUUGCAGAUGAAAGCCUUGCUGAGCAGACUCCUGUGUACUUCUAUGUUAUAAAAGGAAACGAUGGAACUCUAGAAACCUUCUUCUGCACAGACCAACAAAGGUCCUCAGUUGCAAAUGAUGUUAGCAAACAAAUCUACGGAAACUUCGUUCCAGUCCUAGAUGGUGAAAAGUUCUCUCUAAGGAUUUUGGUGGAUCAUUCAAUAAUCGAAAGCUUUGCACAAGGCGGCAGGACUUGCAUAACCUCCAGGGUUUAUCCGACAAGGGCUAUCGAUGGAGGCGCCAAGCUGUUGUUGUUCAACAAUGCUACGGAGGCCAGUGUUACAGCUUCGCUCAAGAUAUGGCAAAUGGAUUCUGCAUCCAUUCGUCCCUAUCCCAAUUUGCCUUAGACUGAAACUCAUAUUAUAAAGUUGUUGCUUGUAAUAAUAUUUGAGCAGGAAGACAUAUAUAGGCAUUGAUAUUCAUAUGAUAAUGGAUUAGAUGAUGUGAAUUUGCUCAUUCUUGCUUUGGAAGUGAAACUGUUUUUGCUUCAUGGGUUAAUAAAUGUUCUAUUGUCAGCGA